AUGCUGGACAGCGCGCCCCUAAAAGACUCCCCCAUUAUCCCUGGGUGGGUGGUCACUACGUCAGGAUGGUGUGCUUUGUUUGCCAGUUUUGUCAUAUUCGGCCUGAUCCUCAUGCAUCUACGAAACUACCGUAAGCCUUUUCAGCAGCGGCUCAUGAUUCGCAUCCAGCUCAUUUUGCCUCUUUUUGCCCUUUCUUGUUAUUCCAUGUUGAUCAAUCCUACCGCAGUCAUGGUCAAGUUCGCCAUUGAGCCAGCACGAGAGAUAUAUGAGGCAUUCGUUAUAUAUACGUUCUUUUCACUUCUUAUUGAUAUGCUCGGAGGUGCAAAAAGUAUUGUCAUCAUGACCAGUGGCCGGCCACCGGUCCCGCAUCCCGGCUUCAUGGGAAGAUGUCUUCCCAAGCUAGACAUCUCAGAUCCCACCACUUUCCUCGCAAUAAAGCGAGGCAUUUUGCAGUAUGUUUGGCUCAAGCCGAUUCUCUGUUUUGGAGUGUUGUUUCUUGAAUUAUUGGGAUGGUACGAUGUGAACAAUUUGGGCUGGAAUUCUGUCUACCUUUGGUUGACCAUUUUAUAUAAUUGCAGUGUGUCUCUCUCGUUGUACUGUCUAGCCAUCUUCUGGAAGAUUUUAUGGACAGAUUUGAAACCUUUUAACCCGAUUGGUAAGUUUCUCUGCGUCAAACUUAUCAUCUUUGCUUCCUACUGGCAGGGUGUUAUUUUGGCUAUUCUAAAUUUUGCUGGAAUAUUGCCCGGCCAUGGCCAAGAGGGAGAAAAUGGCGCUCCAAAUAUUGGUGUUUCCAUUCAAAACGCACUUCUAUGUGUGGAGCUCAUUGGUUUUGCAAUUGGGCACUGGUUUGCAUUUUCAUAUAAGCCUUACACUAUUUCGCAGAUACCCAAUGGUCGUCUUGAGUUUUACUAUGCCUUCCGUGACAUGACUGGAAUUCAAGACUUGGUGAUUGAUUUCAGACUUACAUUCUAUGGUGACUACUACAAGGACUACAAACAGUUCGAUUCUGUUGAGGCAGUCAUUGCCCAUCCCGCCACCAAUGGACGGAUGAGCAGACUCAACCAGGGUCUUCGAUAUCAUAAUGACGGUAAGCAGAAACACUGGCUUCCACAGCAACAAAAUAUGGCUCCAAGCCAGUCACAGGUCACCCUGAACAGUAAACAUAGUAUAAAAAGCACUUCCGAGAUGAAUGCGAUCCCUGACUUUGACAAGAAGCGGUCGAAAUAUGCUAAUUCAAUUGAUCUGCAUGGAGCUUCAACUAGGGCUCUAUACCAUGGAGCACCUGGUAAUUUAUCCCCCACAUUAUUUCCUACUCAAGCAGGUGACACAAGCUCCGUCAAUACCGCUCGAUCGAGCCAAGAAGAAGAUCCAGAAAGCAUUUCCGAGAUCAUUAGUUCUGCUAAUCCGGAUAUUGAUUACAGCAACGAGUAUUUGGACGAAGAUGAGCUCUUUUAUCAGGCAGCCUGUUCUGUGGUGAACAACUACAAACUUGAUCAAGUGCAAGUAAAAAAGCUAAUCAAUUACCCGAUUGUGGAUGAGCUAAUAGAUGGCCAUGUCUACGGGUAUAAGGUUAAAAAGUUACGUGCCAAAAGACUGAAGAUGCUUCACGACAGAAAUUCAAGCUAUGGUAGUGUCUAG